CUCAGGUGUCACGCAACGCCUUGGUUCCACAUGAAUCUCUUCGUAUUACCCCCUGAGACUUUAGAGGCGAUCUUGGCACAGGUCGCCUCCCGUGCCUCUCUUGCCAGCCUCGCGCGGGUCUGCCAGCAGCUUCGGCCGGUCGUCGAGCGCAUUUUGUACCAAUCGGUGUACUUGCGCAACCACGAUGGGGAAAAAUUUGCAUAUGCCCUGGACUGUCUGCCAGCUCGUGCGGAAUAUGUUCAAGAGCUUCUUGUCCACUACCACUUUGUUGGAGUUCCCGAUGAAGAGGAGUAUUACCCGUGUUAUGCGGAGAGCCUCGCCCCCACAAUCGGCCGCCUCGUAAAUUUGAGAUCGCUUGUCAUCAAGGGCCUUGAGUAUGAUACUGAGCGAGAAGAAGACGAUGAAUACCUGGGUGGGUAUGAGAGAGUCAUUGAAGAGACCAAGAAAUGGAACGAACUUUUUGCGCAGUCUGCGGUGCCAGGCUCACAAGUCCUUCAGUCCCUUACAAAAUGUCAGCUAAUCAUGGAUGACCUUUCGCGCUCGGAACCGCCUUGGGACUUUCGCUUGCGUGGAACCGUGAUGAUCCAUCCGUACCUGAAAGAUUUGACACUUGUGGGGGCCAAUGUUUCAGGCCUGGCAGACUCGCUCAUGGCUUCAGCUCGAUCAACAUCACUCGAAAACUUGAGUUUGUUUGGCUGUGAUGCGGCGCUUAGAGGGAUCCAUGACCUGUUGUCGCUGCCCCGAGCCUUGAAGCACUUCACCUAUAAAGGGGCCCCUUGGACGCAUAGACCAUACAAUGUUAUGGAGGACAGGCAGAAAUGCAUUGACGCCAUGAAGGUUCAGGCUCAUUCACUUCUUACCCUUGACCUGGACUUUUAUCCAGGGGUAUGGGAUAAUCCAGCGCUAGACUUUCGUGCUUUCCGCUGCCUGGAACAACUUACUGUUGAUCCAAGAGCCUUGAGAGGCGACGGAAAGUUUGACCCUAAGAACAACAACGAAGCCUGCCUGUGGAAAAGUAGGGAGUUAGAAUGCCAGCUCCCUUCCAGCAUCAAACAUCUGGUGUUCUUCGAAUACCACGAACAGAGCACUCCCGACCUGUAUACUUUACCGCUGGUCUACAACUGGAUCUCACGGGGGAGCUUGCUUAAUCUGGAAACCGUCACCGUCCAGUCCGCCAGGUCAUCCGAGGACGCGAUAUUGAACAGCCCGUUCGGGGAUAACAGCAGACGGUCAGUGGGUCAAGCGUUCCAGGAAGUCGGAGUGCAACUGCGGGUUGAGCGUGUGCUUGACAGCACCAAGGCUGGGUAUCAGCUCUUCGACUGUAGUAGUUGUGGGGUGAGUUGGCGGAUUCGGGGAAUUCAUUUCCUUUGAGGAGUUCUGUUAUUACUCGCUCAGAAGGCUAUGAAGGAGGCGCGAUGUACAAAUUCCGAAAGCCUGUUUCUAGCACUGUAAACGGAUGUCAG